GAUGCAGAUCUUUGUAAAGACCCUGACAGGCAAAACCAUCACCCUUGAGGUUGAGCCCAGUGACACCAUUGAGAAUGUCAAAGCCAAAAUCCAAGAUAAGAAGAGCAUUCCACCUGACCAGCAGCGUCUGAUUUUUUUUCAGAUUACAACAUCCAGAGAAGAGUCUACCCUGCACCUGAUGCUUUAUCUGAGAGGCGGCAUCAUUAAGCCUUCCCUCUGCCAGCUUGCCCAGAAGUACAACUGUGAGAAGAUGAUCUACCGCAAAUGUCAUGCUCGCCUGCACCCCUGUGCUGUCAACUGCCAUAAGAAGUGUGGCCACCCCAACAAUCUGUGCCCCAAGAAGGUCAAAUAA